AUGCCUACCGACAAGUAUCACUCAGCACCAUACGAACGUGCGCGUCCAGUAGCCACACCAGUCAGGCACUUAACUUUGACGCACGAACGUCAGCAACGCAAAACGUUGUUAAAUCGAAAACGACGUGAGCGGAAAAAACGAGUGGUAACGGCGAUAAAUAUGAUGGUGAUGGAGCAGGAACAAAACGUACAUCAACAAUCCGCUCCAUCACUUCCAGAAGAAGAUGGCAAUGAUAGUGAUGAGGGACCGCCGAGCCAUGUAGCAGAACUCAUCCGCACAGAUGAGUCAUCCGACAUGGAGGAUUUGGCAGACGAUAUGGAGCGUCUCGGUGGAAACAAACAACCACAACACCAGGAUAAAAGCAACAAUUAA